GCCGCCGCCUCCCCCCCCGCCCCGCGAUGUAUUCAGCGCCCUCCGCCUGCACUUGCCUGUGUUUACACUUUCUACUGCUGUGCUUCCAGGUUCAGGUGUUGGCGGCUGAGGAGAACGUGGACUUCCGCAUCCAUGUGGAGAACCAGACGCGGGCGCGAGAUGAUGUGAGUCGGAAGCAGCUGCGCUUGUACCAGCUCUACAGCAGGACCAGCGGGAAGCACAUUCAAGUCUUGGGCCGUAGGAUCAGUGCCCGUGGCGAGGACGGGGACAAGUAUGCCCAGCUCCUAGUGGAGACAGAUACCUUUGGGAGUCAAGUCCGGAUCAAGGGCAAGGAGACGGAGUUCUACCUGUGUAUGAACCGAAAAGGCAAGCUCGUGGGGAAGCCUGAUGGCAGUAGCAAGGAGUGCGUGUUCAUUGAGAAGGUUCUGGAAAACAACUACACAGCCCUGAUGUCAGCCAAGUACUCGGGCUGGUACGUGGGCUUCACCAAGAAGGGGCGACCUCGCAAGGGUCCCAAGACCCGGGAGAACCAGCAAGAUGUGCACUUCAUGAAGCGUUACCCCAAGGGGCAGACAGAGCUGCAGAAGCCCUUCAAGUACACCACAGUCACCAAGCGUUCCCGGCGGAUCCGCCCCACUCACCCCGGCUAGGUCUGGCCAAACUCACCCCCAGAGAACUACAUCAGAGGAAUAUUUUUACAUGAAAAAAAUAAGGAAGAAUCUCUAUUUUUGUACAUUGUGUUUAAAAGAAGACAAAAACUGAACCUAAAGUCUUUGGGGGGGAGGGGCAAUAGGAUUCCACUGUUGACCUGAACCCCACGACAAAGUACUCACGCAAGGGGACUGCUGUCAACCCAUAGGUGCUUGCCUCUCUCGAGGGGGCAGUCCAAAACUCAUCCCCCAGAGGAGGACUUGAAUGAGAAAACUGACGCUGCGAGAAACCAAAGUCCUUUCCCCAAAGGUUCUAAAAGCAAACAAAACAAAACAAAACAAAACAAACAAACAAACAAACAAAAAAACAAAAUGAAAAAAAAAAA